GACCAUGUGAAUCAUUAACCAGAAGUACACAGCCCUAUUGGUCCCAACUUGCCAGACGAAGGUUGUCGCUAGGAGGAGGAAGCUGCCUUAAUGUGUAACGUCGCGAGCCAGGCCUCAGCUUUCCCCAGCUGUCCCUGAGACCUGGACCUACUUUUCUUUAAUCACUUCCUGGACCUGGGAUGGCAGCUGGCCUGCAGGGAUGGCUGCUCUGGGCCCUACUCCUGAAUUCAGCCCAGGGUGAGAUAUACACACCCAUUCACAAGGCUGGCUUCUGCACCUUUUAUGACGAGUGUGGGAAGAAUCCAGAGCUGUCUGGAGGCCUCACGUCACUGUCCAAUGUAUCUUGCCUGUCUAAUACCCCGGCCCAGCAUGUCACAGGUGCCCACCUGGCCCUCCUCCAGCGCAUCUGUCCCCGCCUGUACAACGGCCCCGACAACACCUUCGCCUGUUGCUCUGCCAAUCAGCUGGUGUCGUUAGAAAAGAGCAUGUCCAUCACCAAGGCCCUCCUCACCCGCUGCCCAGCCUGCGCUGACAAUUUUGCUAGCUUGCACUGCCACAACACUUGCAGCCCUAACCAGAGCCUCUUCAUCAAUGUCACCCGUGUGGCUGAGCGGGACGACGGGCAGCCUCCGGCCGUGGUGGCCUAUGAAGCCUUUUACCAGCGCAGCUUUGCAGAGAAGGCCUAUGAGUCCUGUAGCCGGGUACGCAUCCCUGCGGCUGCAUCACUGGCCGUGGGCACCAUGUGUGGGGUGUACGGCUCUGCCCUUUGCAACGCCCAGCGUUGGCUGAACUUCCAGGGAGACACAGGGAAUGGCCUGGCUCCUCUGGACAUCACCUUCCACCUCUUGGAGCCUGGCCAGGCCCUGCCGGAUGGGAUGCAGCCUCUGAAUGGGGAGAUCACACCCUGCAAUGAGACCCAGGGUGCAGACUUGGCGGCCUGUUCCUGCCAGGACUGUGCAGCGUCGUGCCCUGUCAUUCCUCAGCCCCCAGCCCUGAGACCUUCCUUCUACAUGGGUAAAAUGCCAGGCUGGCUGGCUCUCAUCAUUAUCUUCACUUCGGUCUUUGCGUUGCUCACUGCCAUCCUUGUGUAUCUCCGAGUGGUUUCCAACAGGAACAAGGGCAAGACAACAGGUCCCCAGGAAGCCCCCAACCUCCCUCAAAAGAGCAGAUUCUCACCUCAUACUGUCCUUGGCCGGUUUUUCCAGAGCUGGGGCACAAGGGUGGCCUCGUGGCCACUCACCGUCUUGGCACUGUCCUUAGUGGUUGUGAUAGCCUUGUCAGUCGGCCUGAUGUAUAUAGAACUCACCACAGACCCCGUGGAACUAUGGUCGGCCCCCAGAAGCCAAGCCCGGGAAGAGAAGGCUUUCCACGACGAGCAUUUUGGCCCCUUCUUCCGAACCAACCAGGUUUUUGUGACAGCUCGGAACAGGUCCAGCUAUAGGUACGACUCCCUGCUGCUAGGGCCCAAGAACUUCAGCGGGAUCCUGUCCCUGGACCUGCUGCUGGACCUGCUGGAGCUCCAAGAGAGGCUUCGACAGCUGCAGGUGUGGUCCCCCGAGGCACAGCGAAACAUCUCCCUGCAGGACAUCUGCUAUGCCCCCCUCAGCCCGCACAACACCAGCCUCUCUGACUGCUGUGUCAACAGCCUCCUUCAGUACUUCCAGAACAACCGCACGCUCCUGCUCCUCACGGCCAACCAGACGCUCAGUGGCCAGACUUCCCUGGUGGACUGGAGGGACCACUUCCUAUACUGUGCCAAUGCCCCUCUCACGUUCAAAGAUGGCACAUCUCUGGGUCUGAGCUGCAUCGCUGACUACGGCGCCCCUGUCUUCCCCUUCCUUGCUGUCGGGGGAUACAAAGGGACGGACUACUCCGAGGCGGAGGCGCUGAUCCUAACCUUCUCGCUCAAUAACUACCCCGCGGAUGAUCCCCGCAUGGCCCAGGCUAAGCUCUGGGAGGAGGCUUUUUUGAAGGAAAUGCAAGCCUUUCAGAACAGCACGGCGGACAAGUUCCGAGUUGCAUUCUCCGCUGAGCGCUCUCUGGAGGAUGAGAUCAACCGCACCACCAUCCAGGACCUGCCUGUCUUCGCCAUCAGCUACAUUAUCGUCUUCCUGUACAUCUCCCUGGCCCUGGGCAGCUACUCCAAAUGCAGCCGAAUAGUGGUGGAUUCCAAGGUGACCCUGGGCCUCGGUGGGGUGGCUGUCGUGUUGGGAGCAGUCGUGGCCUCCAUGGGCUUCUACUCCUACCUGGGUGUCCCCUCCUCUCUGGUUAUCAUCCAAGUGGUACCUUUCCUGGUGCUGGCCGUGGGAGCGGACAACAUCUUCAUCUUUGUUCUUGAGUACCAGAGGCUGCCUAGGAAGCCCGGGGAAGAGCGAGAGGCUCACAUCGGCCGGACGCUGGGCAGUGUGGCUCCCAGCAUGCUGCUGUGCAGCCUCUCCGAGGCCAUCUGCUUCUUUCUCGGGGCCCUGACCCCCAUGCCAGCUGUGAGGACCUUUGCCCUGACCGCUGGCUUAGCGAUUAUCCUCGACUUCCUGCUCCAGAUGACUGCCUUUGUGGCCCUGCUCUCCCUGGAUAGCAAGAGGCAAGAGGCCUCUCGCCCCGACUUCUUAUGCUGCUUUUCGAAGCAGAAACUACCCCAACCUGAACAAAAAGAGGGGCUCUUACUCCGCUUCUUCCGGAAGAUAUACGCUCCCUUCCUGCUGCACGGCUUCACCCGUCCUGUUGUGCUGCUGCUGUUUCUGACCCUGUUUGGAGCAAAUCUCUACCUCAUGUGCCACAUCAGUGUGGGGCUGGACCAGGAACUGGCUCUGCCCGAGGACUCUUACUUGAUAGACUACUUCCUCUAUCUGAACCGGUACUUUGAAGUGGGGCCUCCGGUGUACUUUGUCACCACCUCGGGCUACAACUUCUCCAGCGAGGCAGGCAUGAACGCCAUUUGCUCCAGUGCGGGCUGCGACAGCUUCUCCCUAACCCAGAAGAUCCAGUAUGCCACCGAAUUCCCUGAACAGUCUUACCUGGCAAUUGCUGCGUCCUCCUGGGUAGACGACUUCAUCGACUGGCUAACCCCAUCAUCCUCCUGCUGCCGCCUUUAUAUCUUCGGCCCCAAUCAGGGUGAUUUCUGUCCUUCAACCGAUACUUCCUUGAACUGUUUAAAAAACUGCAUGGACUUCACUCUGGGCCCCGUGAGGCCCACGGCGGAACAGUUUCACAAGUACCUGCCCUGGUUCCUGAACGACCCACCCAACAUCAGAUGUCCCAAAGGGGGUCUAGCAGCGUAUAGAACCUCCGUGAAUUUGAGCGCAGAUGGCCAGGUUAUAGCCUCCCAGUUCAUGGCCUACCACAAGCCCCUGAGGAACUCACAGGACUUCACAGAAGCUCUCCGGACGUCCCGGUUGCUAGCAGCCAAUAUCACAGCUGAACUCCGGAAAGUGCCUGGGACAGACCCAAAUUUUGAGGUCUUCCCCUACACGAUCUCCAAUGUGUUCUAUCAGCAGUACCUGACUGUUCUCCCCGAGGGAAUCUUCACACUAGCUCUCUGCUUUGUGCCCACCUUUGUGGUCUGCUACCUCCUUCUGGGCCUGGACAUGCGCUCGGGCAUCCUCAACCUGCUCUCCAUCAUCAUGAUCCUCGUGGACACCAUCGGCCUCAUGGCCGUGUGGGGUAUCAGCUACAACGCUGUGUCCCUCAUCAACCUUGUCACGGCAGUGGGCAUGUCUGUGGAGUUCGUGUCCCACAUCACCCGGUCCUUUGCUAUAAGCACCAAGCCUACCCGGCUGGAGAGGGCCAAGGAUGCUACUGCUUCCAUGGGCAGUGCGGUGUUUGCUGGAGUGGCUAUGACCAACUUCCCAGGCAUCCUCAUCUUGGGCUUUGCCCAUGCCCAGCUCAUCCAGAUCUUCUUCUUCCGCCUCAACCUCCUGAUCACCUUGCUGGGCCUGCUGCAUGGUCUGGUCUUCCUGCCGGUUGCCCUCAGCUAUCUGGGACCUGAUGUUAACCCAGCUCUGGUACUGGAGGAGAAACUAGCCACCGAGGCAGCAACAGCCCAAGACCCCUCCUGCCUGAGGAACCCCUUCCCUGCUAGUGACUAUGUCAAUCACAGCUUUGAAGAAUGUACCCCUGGAGCUAGUGCUGCUGGCCCUGUGCCCAAAAGUGGCCAAAAAUUUUAAUGGAGUAGGAGCUCAUCCGGGCUCCGUGGCUCUUGCUGAUGAGAGGACAUGAAGGUCUUCCCUCUGGUGGUCCUCAAGGCUCCGGGGAAGUUGUUCCGGAAAAAUGGCUGGCAUUGUGGCUAUGAAGCAGCCAUCAGCAUUGGCGGUGGCUCCCCUGCUCCCACACCAGGUCCCCGAGGCCUCGGUCUGCGUGAGAUUGCCUCCUCCUUCUGGUCCAGCGUUCUGGAGCUGCUGAGGAUGUUUGUCUCGGGCUCAGUCAGGGUAUAUAUUUCUCACCCAGCUUUUCCUUCCCUUAUCAAAAAUAUCUCCAGGGGCUGGAGCAAUGGCUCAGUGGUUAAGGAGCACUUGUUGCUCUUACAGAGGACCCAGGUUCAGUUCCCAGCAC